AUGGCGGAAACAUCAUCCAAACGACAGAGGGAAGAAACCCAUGUCGAAGAUUGCGAAGACCCAAAACGAUACAAAUCAUACAAUCACAUACUCUCCAUUCUCGAAGAUGAAGAGGACGAGAGUAACCAAGACCUCUCCUCUUUCCUCUCGACCCUUCAGCAGGAACUCUCCUUCGACUCCAUCGCCACCGUUGAUCCUCUGCCCUGCCCCACAUCGGAGGCCGAAACGCAUAACUGCGCUGUAGGCUCGACCGCAUCUGAUUACAGCCCGGUUUCUUCUUCACAUGUGUUGAAAGAAGAAGAUGGGGAGAGGGUUAUGAGACACCUUCUGGAAGCGUCCGAUGAUGAGCUGGGGAUACCCCACAGAACGGACGGUGGUGGCGGUGGUGGUGAUGAUGAUCGUGAUGUGAUCAACGGUGGAGAUCACGCGUUCGCUUUCUCUGAUGGGUUGUGGGAGUUUGAGGAUCAUGAGGCUGCCAACUACUACGCGUUGUUACAGUCUGAACUUUUCAUGUAG